AUGGAUCGGUACCAGAGAGUGGAGAAGCCAAGAGUGGAGACGCCAAUAGAUGAGAACGAGAUUAGGAUUACCAGCCAGGGAAGGAUGCGCAACUACAUUACUUACGCCAUGACCCUGCUUCAGGAAAAGGGAUCGGACGAAAUUGUAUUCAAGGCUAUGGGGAGAGCUAUCAACAAGACUGUAACAAUCGUGGAGUUAAUUAAGAGAAGAAUUGUUGGUCUUCAUCAGAACACUACAAUUGGAUCUACCGACAUAACUGAUAUAUAUGAACCCCUUGAGGAAGGCCUCAACACUUUGGAGUCAACAAGGCAUGUGUCGAUGAUUGUGGUAACACUGUCCAAGAAGGAAAUAAAUACAUCUUCUAUCGGGUACCAGUCACCUUUACCUGCUGAGCUCGUGAAGGCAUCGACAGAGAUUGAUUAUGAAGGAGGGGGCUCCCCAAAUGGUCGUGGCCGUGGACGUGGACGUGGCAGAGGAAGGGGAAGGUUUAGAGGAAAUGGCUUUGUGUCAGCUGAAUUUGAUGAUGGAGGUUACGACCGCAGUCGCAGUAACUUCAGGGGUAGGGGCCGUGGGAGAGGACGUGGUUUCCGAGGCCGUGGAAGGGGAGGGUACAACGGGCCCCAGUUUGAUGGACAACAAGAUGGAGAGUACAAUGAAGAAGCACCUGCUCAAGUUGGCCAUGGACGUGGCCGUGGAAGGGGGGGAUAUCGUGGAAGGGGCCGUGGCUAUAGGUCUAAUGGGCCGAUCCAGGCAGCUGCUUGA